AUGCCAGGACUACCGUCCAGCAUCGAUUUAGAUGAGUGCAUCGAGCGACUCUAUAGGAAGGAAUUACUAGCAGACUCUGUCAUAGAGGCAAUAUGCGCCAAGGCGAAAGAAUUGCUCAUGAAGGAGAGCAACGUCGUCCAUAUCGCUGCCCCCGUCACUGUCGUCGGAGAUAUCCAUGGCCAAUUCUACGAUAUGAUUGAGAUUUUUAAGAUUGGAGGCUAUUGCCCUAACACAAAUUACUUGUUUCUCGGCGACUACGUGGACCGCGGCCUCUUCAGCGUCGAAACCAUCUCGCUCCUCGUCUGCCUCAAACUCCGCUACCCAGCCCGCGUCCACCUCAUCCGCGGCAACCACGAGUCCCGCGGCGUCACCCAAUCCUACGGCUUCUACACCGAAUGCGCCCGCAAAUACGGCAACGCCAACGUCUGGCACUACUUCACCGACAUGUUCGACUUCCUCACCCUCAGCGUCGUCAUCAACGAUCAGAUCUUCUGCGUGCACGGCGGUCUAUCGCCGUCCAUCCAUUCCAUCGACCAGAUUAAGAUUAUUGAUCGAUUUCGCGAGAUCCCGCACGAGGGGCCCAUGGCUGAUCUUGUCUGGUCGGAUCCGGACACGGAGCGGGAUGAGUUUUCGCUCUCGCCGAGGGGGGCGGGGUAUACCUUUGGUGCACAGGUGGUCAAGAAGUUCCUUGAGGUGAAUAACAUGUCUCACAUCCUCCGUGCGCAUCAGCUGUGUCAGGAAGGGUACCAGGUGCUCUACGAGGACCGGUUAAGCACCGUGUGGAGCGCGCCGAAUUACUGCUACAGAUGCGGGAACCUCGCGAGUGUUCUUGAAGUUAGCGAUACGGGAGAGCGCUACUUUAAUAUAUUUGAUGCUGCGCCUGAGAAUAACGAUAUACACCGUGGGGAACAGCAGGCACAGCAGCAACCGGGCAAGGAUGGGCUUAAUCCUGUAAUUGAAUAUUUCUUAUGA